AUGUUGCAAUUGAUUCGAUCCCAUUGUGGCAUCUUACACAACCCGGCCUUCAACACAGCGACAACUACUGGAUUACAACAUUUCCAAAAAAGCUUCAGGGACAGUUACACCGCCAACCAGGAACCCGUGAAAAGGUCAUAG